AUGUCUUCUACGAUACGCCACAGUGUUGAGGGCACGAGAUCCCCCGAAGUCAAGUCAACCCAAGUCCUCCCAAUUCACGAAAAAUUCCUACGCUCAGACUAUGUCCCAACCGGGGACGAAAUCCAACUCCAAUCACAAGCUCUCGAAGAUGAUUACGCCAAAUUUGAUCAAAUUCCACAAAUUCUCGAAGGCUCUGGGAGAAUGGAAAGAGAGUGUGCGGAACGUAUCAGGCUGCGUGAAGCAGUUCUUUCUCCAAUCCGCCGUGUACCUGUCGAGUUGUGGCGGGAAAUCUUCUCAUUAUUUUGUUUCUCAGGAGAUUACCCCAUCUUACUUUACAGCAGUGAGAGGGACAUUCCGGGAACCGACCCCGAGCCUGACAACUCUAAGGGCCACUACAAUUACAAGAAAGAGAAUUAUAUAGGGGUUAAGGCUCGCCCUUAUCUACUUAGUGUGUGCGCUCACUGGCAUUUCUAUCGUCACUGGAACCCCGAAACUCUGGUCCUCAAUGCAGAUAGUUGGAAAAUUCACCCUAGACCUUUCCCCCGCACUCGAUUGUCUUCUGUCAAAGUCUGGCAACUUCCCUUUGAAUAUCUACAUAUCGUCGGGAUACCUCAAAUCAGCCAAUAUACACCCCAACAACAGAGAUAA